CGUUUUUUUUUCCGUAAUACCAGUUUUAUAAAAAAAAAUGACGUGUCAAGGAUGCAACAAGCCUCACAAGCAAGUUGAACUUAGAAGCUCCACAAUUAAAGACAUGCCUAAAGGGCAAGUCCAAGAGGCCAUAGGCCAACUUAAAUAUAAACCAUUAAAGGAAAUCCAAAAGCAUAUUAGAUCAGAUACUUGUUAUCUUCAUUUCUCGACCAAAGAGGGCGCAUCAUACUUUUAUAAUAGCUAUCAUGAAAAGGGGCUCAGCCUUAACAACAUCCAUUUUACUGUACACCCCACUCGAUCCCGCGAUGGCACUGUUGUCACGUAUCCCGCCGCCGCACCUACUACCACACCUACUACCACACCCGCCGCCACACCCGCUACAGCCUCCACUAGAUCAGUAUCUGAUAAUACGCCCGUAAAUAAAGAAUGGGCCGGCAAAACAAGAGAGGCUAUUGAAAGAUUAUCCAAGGAAAUCAAAAGACUGUCAAGUUCAAUUUGGCAUGAACUUUGGAGGAAGAAGAUACGUCGCCUUGGGGGUACUCCUGAUAGACGAGCUUAUUCCUGCUCGUCUAUCUUCGCUUUUUACAAGCUUCUAAAAAACACGACGGACGUUUUUUUUUUCGGAAUGGUCUGCCCCGGUUGCAACAAACCACAAAAACAAGUUAAACUUACAAGCCCCAGCCUAAAGAAUAUGACCAAAGGGCAAGCCCAAGAUGCAGUUAGUGGUAUAAGGUUCAAGCUGUUAAACGAGGUCCAAAAACAUGUCAGAUCCGACACUUGUUACUUACACUUCACCACUAUCGAAGGAGCAUCCUAUUUUUAUAAUAUAUAUCAUCAAAAGGGGAUCAAAUUGAACAACUUCUAAUUUAUCAUCCAUCCUACCCAGUUCCGUGAUAGCACUGUGGUGAUUUCUUUUUUCCUAGAAAAAAUAGGGGGUCCCCGAUUCCAGGAUUAUUUUUAUGUGUGGGUGGCUAGCUAAAAGUACCCUUUUCUUUCCCGAGAUAUCUCUGGCAUGGUUUUCCCAAGAUACCAUCUCUGGCAUGGAUUUUCUGGUAUCUACAAAAAAUCUCGGGGCACGAAUUUUUUUGUUUGUUUGUGCCUGCCAAUGGCAAACCCAUUAAUUUGUACAUAUAAAUACUCACUUAUUGGACGUUAUGCCCAUAGUCUAAAGAAGAGCAUAUCAAGCUACAGAGGACUUUUUUUUAUUUGU